AUGCAUCAAAAUUCUUCAUUUAAUGAUAGAUUAAUUAUCAUUCAUACUAAAACAACAAAAAUCCAAAAGAUUGCGUUUCAAUCAAAACAAAUACAAUUCCCUUCAUUUUCUAUAAUUAAAAGUGAAAUAAAAAAUAGUAUAACUUCUUUUUUAUAUGAAAUUCCAUUAGAUGGUUUUGGUGAUAAACAACGAAGAGUUAUUAAAAUAUUCAGAGAAUUAAUAGAAUUAAAAGAGUUUCAUAGAAUACUAUUUUCUAAAUUCCCAUUAUUAUCAAAAACUUUACAAAUGUUUCAAGAAAUGUUUGUAUGUAUUCAAAAUAAUAAUACUUAUACAAUAACUGAUUCUUUCACAACAAAGAAUUUAGUACUAUUACUUAUCUGUGAUGGUUAUGAUUGUGAAGAAUUUUUUACAUUAUUUAAUAAACCAAUUAAUUAUGAUUUGACUCAAUACUUUGGAAGCGAUUUGGCUCGUUUAACUCAAGAAUAUUUUAGUUUUCAAUUAGAACCUCAUUUACCAUUUUUCUUCAAAUAUCCAAUUCUUUUUGAACCUCAUUCAUUUGUAUUAGAAAAAGAUUUAUCUUCUCCUAUCAAACAAGUACUUUUUUCUCCUCUUUCAUUUGUUCUACCAUUAUUAAAAGAUGCUUCUGUUUUUAGACAAUAUAUUCCUUCUAAUUUUCAAUAUAAUUAUUCAAAAAUAACAGAAAGUAUUAUUGGGUAUUCAUUCGGUGAACUUCUAGUAAAGUUAAAAUCAAAUCAUCCAAGAAGGACAAAUCAAACACUUAAUACUUUACUUGAUAAAUUGGCUCAACAACUUAAAAACAUUAAAAAACCUAUCGUAUGUUAUUUGCAUAAUAAAUUCUUUAUGGAGUGUUAUAAUUAUAAAGAUAUUAUUCCAAUUGAUCUUUCAAAACUUGGGAUAUAUCCUGAAAUGGAAAUAAAAGGGAGUGGGUCAGUAGGAAUAGUAUAUCGUUCUAAAUGUGGUAAAUAUGCAAUAAAAAGAUGUGACUCACAAAGACUUGCAUCCACGUUGAGAGAGGUUAGAGUAUUAAGAAUGAUAGACCAUCUAAAUGUACUUAAGUUUAUAGCAUAUUCACCAAAUACUAUAGUUACUGAAUGGUGUUAUUAUGGUACAUUGGAUAAUUUUAUUAAACAAAAAAAUUUUAGUCAUCAUCUUUUGCCACUAUCAUAUUUCUUUCAUUUAGUUUCUCAAUUUAACGAUGGAAUGAAUUAUUUAUUGAAAGACGUUCAAAUAGUUCAUAGAGAUAUCAAAUACCAAAACAUCCUCAUUACUGUUGACCCAAACUCAAGUGAACCAGAGCCAAUGAACCUUUUACUCAAAAUUGCUGAUUUUAAUACCUCACGAGAAAUUAGUGAUGUAAUGAAAACUAAAUGGGGAACAGAAGAAAUAGUUCCUAUUGGGUUAUUUCUUCAUUUUCUCCUAUCUGGUGUUUCUCAUCCUAAACCAAAAUUGAAACUAGGUUCUGAAACUAUUUAUGAUGUUUCAUUUUGUGAAGUAACACGUAGAAUUAAUCCCUAUUUAUAUGAUGCUUUGUAUGAACUUAUUUCUAUGAUGGUUGUCAGUAGAUUAGAUAAGAGAAUUGAUUGGGAAGAAUAUUUACUUAGAUAUUCUGUGAUUUACAAUAAUUUUACAAAAGAAAAUAUGAAAGGUAAAUAA